GUACGCCGAGCACCACAGGCGAACGCACCUAAGAUGGCGCCGAAAGGACCCGCCUCCCGCGGCCGGAGGGGCGGGGCGGGCGGGCUGAGGCAGCGGCGGCGAGGGGCUGGCGGUCUCUGUGUUCUCUCCGGCAGGUUGUUUAAAUAAGGCAAAAUCUGCUACUUAACAUGAAAAAAAGCAGAGGUCGGACAAGUCGGAAGAGAAGAAGAAAACACUUGCAGAGUUUUAUGGAUAGAGUCAACUGCAGUCACAAGCUGGAAUACAUUAAAUUUAGGAAGUGGCUAAAAGACAGAGGAUUUGAAGACAGUCAUUUAAGGCCAGCCGAGUUCUGGGAUACAGGAAGAGGACUGAUGACAACAAAAACUCUGCAGGCAGGGGAUCUGAUUAUUUCGUUGCCUGAGAAAUGCUUACUCACCACAGACACUGUCCUUAGUAGCUGCUUGGGAGAGUACAUUAUGAAAUGGAAGCCUCCUGUAUCUCCCUUGACAGCACUGUGCACAUUUUUAAUAGCGGAGAAGCAUGCUGGUGAGAAAUCUCUGUGGAAGCCAUAUCUUGAUGUUUUACCCAAGACAUACUCUUGCCCUGUUUGUUUGGAGCACGAUGUAGUAAGCCUUCUUCCUGAACCUUUACGAAAGAAGGCUCAGGAACAGAGAACUAUGGUCCAUGAAUUGUACAUGUCUUCCAAGGCUUUUUUCUCUUCCCUACAACCUUUGUUUGCUGAGAACACAGAAACUAUUUUUAACUACAGUGCUCUAGAGUGGGCCUGGUGCACUAUUAAUACCAGGACAAUAUACAUGAAACAUUCACAGAGGAAAUGUUUUUCUCUUGAGCCAGAUGUUUAUGCAUUGGCACCGUAUUUAGAUUUGCUAAACCACAGUCCAAAUGUUCAGGUAAAGGCUGCAUUUAAUGAACAGACAAGAAGCUAUGAAAUUUGGACAAAUUCAUUGUGCAAAAAAUAUGAAGAAGUAUUUAUCUGCUAUGGGCCUCAUGAUAAUCAGCGAUUGCUACUAGAAUAUGGAUUUGUUGCCAUGGAUAACCCUCACAGCAGUGUUUAUGUCUCAUCAGAAAUCUGACCUUUGGAUGGGAUGGACCAUCAUGGAGACUCCUCACAGCCCUCAAGGUGUUAAGUCUUGGAGCAGAUGAAUUGUAAGUUUCAGUACUCUGAACAUUUAGACAAUGUGCAUGUGCCAUUUUCCUUUAUUUGCUCUUUGCUGACUGUAUGUGAGAUACUGGGCCAAUUGUUUUGCAUCUCUUGUGUCUAUCUCAUUGGCUUCAGGUGAGAAAUGGAAAGAACAGAGAUCACCAUAUAAUGAAAAGUCAUUGUCUGUGUGCUGUUUUGGUCUUUUGUUUUCUUGUAUUAAAUACUAGACAGACCCCGUUGUUGUCCCUUUCUAUUUUGAGAAUCAGAUAUUACUUAAAGGUUCAGAGUCCAGACCUUUUUCCUGUUGAACUUUACGUGCUAUUGACCUUGCCUGAUUUCUUUGACACAUGUGUUCCACAGGCUGCUUCUGAAAUUCCAGGGCCAAGUUAGUCGCUGAAAUUCAUCUCCAGUGACUGUCAGUGCAGGUUUGAUCAUUUGUUCCAAAUGGCAAAUCUACCUCAAGCAGUAUUAAUAGAAGAUGGUUACCUGGGCUUUGCUUGAAAUAAUAAAUUAAAAAAGAAGUUCCCUCUUGUUCAAAGCUGCUUACGUUUUGAACAUUCAUUGCUGAGUGGCAGAAGUUUAUUUAUAAGAACUGAAAAUAAAUCCUCAUGAUACUGGUUUAAAGCACAGGUGAUGUGAUGUUUAGCAGAAGCCAUGCUAAUAAGUUCUGAAUGAACAGCUUUUAAUCCUCGCUGGUGCUGCUGAAGUUGGUGGCAGCAUGACAGAGCAGUAAAGACCAGAAGCAUUAGUCUAAGUGCAGACUGUGGCUUUGGCUGAAAGGGAUGGGGCAGAGGAUUGGGACCACUGCUCCAGACUGUUACGUCUCUCUUCCCUUUUGCUUGCCUUCUCAGUCUCAUAUCUGAAUGCUGUGUGCCAUCUUCAUGUAUGCUAACCUUACUUGCCUUGUGCCAGCGGUGUUCUUCGUAGCGUAACCAUAUGUUUAUCAUUCAGCUGGGGAAUACAGCAAAUAAUCGUGUGUUGUUCAAACAUUUUGGUUCUAGUACUUGCUGGAGGAGAACACUGCUUGGUGAUGUAAUUUCAGCCAGAAACGAACAGCAGGCUUUUAAUAUAACAGCAAAAAUAUGCCAUUUUUUAAUAGAGGAGACGCAGCAUGUCCUUCUCCAGGUAAUUUGACUGAAGAACAAGGUAGCCCAGAUUGCUUUCUCUUCUAGCAUAAAUGUACAGCAGUGUAAUUUCCUGGGGUGAGAAGGGUGACAGAGGAAAAUGACUACACUGGAGUGGUGUAGGAUUUGUUUCCAGAGUGACUGACAGCACUGAAUUGCUCAGCAGAAUUUGUGGCUGGAGCAAAUAGAGGAACCAUGUUACAAGCUUGUAUGAAGCCCUGUAAACAUGUGAAAAGUAUUUAACCUUUCUUUCCCUACAAUAUCAAUGUGUUUAUUGAGGUUACCUAGUAAAAGAAAAUGCAGGCUUACGUGAGGUGGGCACAUGAGAUGUUGCAGACCUGCCACGAGUGCCUUGUUGCAGAAAAUAAAGGCUGCUUUCAUUAAUGCCAGUCAAGCCAAAUGAACUACCCAUGUCAGCCAGACUCCUGUGAGGGAGGUCUGUGGUCUUAGGAAAACAAUCUCUCCUUCCUUUUUGAAUUUUGGCAAAGAAAUGUGUGCUUAGAGUCAAGUUAGAUAGCUAUCAUGGAAAAGGCCUAUUAAAACCAUGCUUUUGCAAAGGAAACACAUAUAUGCACAGAGUAUGAGAGGAAUAUGGCACUGAGCAAUAGCUUGAGGAUAGUAUGGACUUAGGAGCCUGAUAUCAGGUAAACAUUUCCCUUCCCUUCCCUUCCUGUCUUUGUUUUUGAUCUGCUUCCUAUCCAUGUGAUGAUUGUUUUCCCUUUUAAUUUUUUUUUUCUUUUACUAUUAUAGUUUCUCAUGUGUAAAAUAAAAAAAAAACAACACUAUUUUGACAUAGUUAAUGGAAUCCCUACCACAAGUAAGCUUUCUGCAAAUUUUAUGUUCAUGUCCUAUAUUAAAUAAUCUAAUUUUUUAGUAAUUUCAUCCCAUUUGUAUAAACUUCAGAUUUCCCAGUUGAAAAGGAACAACGAGAACCUCAAAAAACACCUGCCUUUGGUAGAAGCACUACGCUUGGAAGAUCUGAAGAUAUUGGAAAAAUCAGCUGAGAUUCUUUGCAACUUGAAUAUGGCAACAACUUGAUUCAUCUGUGACAGCUGUGGCUGAUUGGAGAUCAUUUGCCAUGGGUGUCCCUUGCUCAACUAUUUUAAGGGGCCUGAGCAGCAAAGAAUAAUGUAAAAAGUCAGCAGAAUAUGCCUAGUUUUGUUUACAGGGUCACACAGGACACAGAGUCUUAUUUUGUUAUUUGCUGAACUUCUUUAGUUGUGAGCAAAACAGCUUCUGGGGUGAUUUGAGCAGCUCUAGGAUUGUGGGCUCCAGCAGUCUGAGACUUUACAGCUGCCCGUGUGGCUAAAGCAUGGAUCAUAGGGUCAAGCAGAUACUUCUCAAUGUGUAUUUGAGCUUUUGGCACUUGACAGAGAGGAAGAGGACAGAGCAGCUUGUGUUUGCCCUAUACUCAUCCUUUCUCCCUGAGAUCUGUACAUGUCCCCAAGACUUGCAGUUCAUGUAGUGCCUAUUCAUUACUAGAGCACAAAUCAGUCCAAUUGUGACCAACUCCGAAUAAUUCCCUUUGCAGUUUCAUCCCAGGUAUUUCUGGAAUUUAGGGAAGUGUGAGUUUCCCUUCUUUGCUCUCAAAGCUCUCUUCAGACUCCCUAGUUUGUGCUCUGACUCCUCCUGCUGGGAAUGAGAACUGAAAGAAUGUAUCACUGAGCUCCUGUCUCUGGUUUGGAAGACCACCCAGGCAAUUCAUUGUUUCCAUUCAAGUUCUGGUGAUUAUGUUGAGAAAUCUCCCUGUCCUGUCUGCAAGGGGAUGGUCUCAUGAGCUGCCUUUCAGUAUUAGUUCUUACUUAAGUGGGGAGCUUUAACUCCUUAUGUCAUUUAGAGAAGAGAGACUUCUUCAAAGGAUGUUUCAGGGCAGGACCCUUACUUAAGCUGUAUAAACUUAAUUUAUAAUUGUGGUUGUAUUGUGAUUAUUUUCCAUUUUGUGAGUAAUCACAUUGCAUAGAAUUUUUCAUUACUAUUUGUAGCAUUUUUUAAUAACUGUAUUUUUAAAGAGUGUGUUUUUAGAUAAAUAUACUGGUUCCUUUUCUACAAGACUUCUCUAUUUUUGAAAUAAAUUGAAUUGUAUCCAGCAGUAAAAGGCAUUCUACCUAACGAUGGAAUUCAAAGGAAAAAAUGCAACAAGUGAAAACUGUUAAGCAUUCAAGCUCAAAUGCUCUUUCAGACUUUCUUUGGUACCUUGUAAACAAGAAUGUUAUUGUGUAAACUUGCUUGGAUUCUAAGAUUCCGGGUUUUGUGUGUGUUUGUUUGUUUGUUUGUUGUUGAGGUCUUUUUGUUGGGUUGUUUUGUUUUGUUUUGUUUUCUUCCUUCGUUGGUCUGUUUGGGAUAGGAAAUGUCUUAAUAUCUGGAGCUCUGAGAAGGGGCUUUACUUCUAGAAGGAUACAAUGGUUAUGAUUCAGAAGACUGGAGGAACUGAAAAGGGUAACUGUACACUGUUACUCAGUUUCCGAAAACCGAAGUUUUGAGGUGCCAUCUUCAUAAUCUCUUCCUAGGAUUAAGAAAUUCUGAAACUGAGCUAUUUUUUAUGUUGUUUACUCUAGUGCACUGAGAAUCUUUUAUGCUCUCAGGUUUUCUGUAUUGUUCUUAUUGGAGACAUUGACAGUGUGUGAUUACUUUACAUUUCAGAGCAGAGGGCUGGGUGAAUAAAUUAGGAGAGGAAUCAAAGUGCUUUCUGGAGCUAGAAGCACAUUAAUUACAUCCUUUGGGCCAACUUAAUUUUGGAUUUGCCUAACCUCGUUUUAAGCCCUGCAAGUCACUUGGCACCAUAUUUUAUAUUCUGAUCAUUCUCGUUCUGAAGAACCUUCUGGGAUGAGAUGACUGUCUGGAUUUGGGAAUGCAACCUCUACUAAUCUCACCCAGGGCAAUUCUCUUGUUUAAGGAUCUUUCUGUACCGCUGAGCCUGGCUAACGCAGAGAUCAUGGGGCUGAGACCCUGACCCUGUGACUGCUGCCCAUUCAUUGUGAUUAGGUCUGCAAAAAGGUCUGCAGAAGUCAUGAAUGACAUGAAAAAGGUGCAUGGUGACUGAGCAUUCACAGUGCAAGAAGUAAAGGCUUUCAAAGGAAGCUUGAAGAAGUCAGGUUCAAAACUAACAGAAUUUGGUAACAAAUCCAUUGCUCUUGCUGAGGAGUAUGGAUACAAAAGUCCACAUGGGCACAGAGCACAUCUACAUUGAAGACAGAGCUGUUGGCAGUUACCAGGAAGACAAACAACUCUGGUCUCACAUAGUCCCUUGAUCACAAAAUACUUGAAGUUUAGGAGGGUAUUGAUGGUAAGUAUUGUAUAUGCUUGACCUGUGCUUGCUGUGUUAAGGUGUUGGUGGACACUGUGCGAAACAGGGUAGUGGGCUAGAGGAAAGCUUGUUUUGAACGUGUCCUGCAGCUUUGAUUAUUAGAGCUGAAUUGUUUGACCUCCUACUUGCUUUUAAUAAAACCGUUUUAAUUCUCUAAAAA